AUGAUCGCUCAACGGGUUGGCGUCGGCGCCCUGCGCAGAGCCGCGACGAAGCCCAGCAUCUACUUCAACCAAUCCAUCCCCAAGCUGGCUCUCGCGUCCAUCUCCACCUCCCACGUCCGGUAUGCCGUCCCGUCCCGCCCCGCCCCUCCCGGCCGACCUAGACGCGGACGAGAUUCUAACAAGUCGGCCCCGUCGUCGCCGGACAGCCCCAUCACGACGACCAAGCUCUCGCCGAGCGAGGGCGACCAGAUACUCGCCAACCAGCGGCUACAGCGGCCCAUCUCGCCCCAUCUCGCCAUCUACAAAAUGGAGCAGACCUGGUUCGGUGCCUCGGCCUGGACCCGCAUCACCGGCAUCACCCUUUCCGGCACCGCCUACCUCUACUUUGGCUCGUACCUCGUCGCGCCCCUGCUCGGCCUUCACCUCGAGAGCGCCAGCGUCGCCGCCGCCUUCACCGGCCUGCCCUUCCUCGUCAAGGGUGGCAUCAAGUUUGCCCUCGGUUUCCCCUUUGCCUUUCACUUCAUCAACGGCAUCAAGCACCUCGUGUACGACCUCGGCAAGGGAUUCGCCAAGCCCAGCAUCCGCCGCGGCGAGAUUGCCUUGUGGGUGUCGAGCAUCCUGAGCGGGCUCUACCUGGCCUUUGGCCUGUAG